AUGCCUUCUGAUCAGUCCCUACAAUUCCACGACAGGCUUGAAGACAACGCACUCAUAGAUGCCAACGAAAACACUUUCUUCUCUGUUAUUCCUGGCAAUCCCGAUGAACUACGCGACCCCGCGAACGACCACAAUAUUAGCCGCGAGAGGGAGUCCAUGCAAUCGACAGACACAACCCUCCUGUCUUCUCAAAAGUCACCAGAGUAUCCGGUCGAGAAACAAUUCGGCAUUGAGCUCAUGAGGACACUCAGCAUCCCACAAGCUACUGCUAUCAACAGACAUAUACCGCAUGGCAUAACCACCGCACCCACACCUGGCCUACACUACGGCGACAACGUCGCCUAUGCUCCAGCCCUCCGCGCCCCUCGUACCAAGAAGCUCCGCUCCCAGACUCUGGCAAAGCGUUUGCACGUCAUUAGGAGACCAAGAUUGAGGGAGCCUGUCGCCUACAAUUAUAAAUGUGGACGCUGUGAGGCAUGGUUCACUCGCAGCAGCGAGCGCCAUCGCCACAUGCGAAGCGGGUGUGCCAAUGGCCAGCAGAAGGAGUGGCGGUGUCCGCUCUGUCUAAAGAUGUACUCGCGCUCAGACUCGCGCGGGCGACACUGCAACACUCAACACCACAUGUCGUAUAAGGACGCGAUUGAGCUGGUCCGGGCCCAGAGUACAAUCAGCGAGAAGGAAGGCGUACCCGACAAUGACUAG